AUGUCUUCGCAAGCUAGAGUUUCUUCACAAUCUGAGCGAAGGUCGAAUGAUAAUCCUAGAUCACGCCCGCCAUCCGCACUGGCUGGCACAAGGAAUGAGAGACCAGAUGCACGUCGACGUCCCUCACCGCCACCAGGAGCUACUGAAUCGAAUCAUCGAAGAGCUCAAUCGAGCUCACAACGGAGUAAUAGAGGGGUAGAGGAGAGGAGGACUGAACGGGUGCAUAUCUCAAGUAGAGAGACAGUAACGUCUAGAACAAGAAGUCCUGAUCGUCGCGCACCUACGGAACGUCCUAGAACCAAUGAUACAUCCAGAUCGCGCGGGGAGGAGAUUCCGCUAAAAGCAUCAAAAGCCGAAACUCAACCUGUAUUACCAUGGGAUCCCCAUGUAUCCUUGGUGCCGCAUACAACUGCGCCAUUAGCGUCCAGAAUUUCCAUUCCACCACUUGCUUCCCAAGCUCCCCAAGCCUUACAGCCACAGGCCCUCCACGAAUUGUCCCUGGAAGUACAAGAGGCAGCUAUAUUGGAGGAUCUUCUAUUUGUGUUCAUGGGUUAUGAAGGGCAAUAUAUUAGAUUUGGGAAGGGCUAUGAUCCCCUCAUUGAGAAGGAUCGUCUUGCGGGUCCCAGCUUUAGGAUUUUACCAGGCUUGGACCCUAGUUUACAGGACCUAACCACGACUAUGCUCAAGAUGGCUACGAAUUACGGAGCAACUGAAGCUUUUGUUGAAGUACAAAGCCGAGAAGAGUUUGGAGCUGUCAAUCAUGCAUUAUGUGCUGCCAUGAGGAAGCUUCUACAAGAUUACCUCAUUUUGAUUGCUCAGCUCGAGACGCAAUUUCUUACCAAUCCAUCAUUUACUUUACACGUUCUAAACCUCCAUACUCUUCCUACGAGCCACAUGAUGCUUCAGUUAUCUUCGCUUGCCCAUGAAAUAUUGAAGAGAAAUUCCAUGCUUGAGGAAGAUGAGGAAGAUGGGGAUGGAAUGGAUGAUUUCGAAAAUAUCUUAGAAAGUCUCCGGGAGGGUGGAGAUCUUGGGCUUGGGAAUAUUCCAGGUAAAAAGAUUUGCAAAGGUGGAAGCGUAUUGGGUCUCAUCACAAAGCGACUGGAGACAAUGUCUGGCGAUCCGGCCGCUCGAUCUCUCCUAACUUCACUGUUGAGAGAUGCUAGUCGACCUUAUAUGGUGAUGCUCAACGAGUGGUUGCAUCACGGAAGUAUCAAAGACCCACAUGCAGAGUUUCUAGUGAGAGAACAGAAAAGUAUAAAGAGGGAGAGGUUGGAGGAAGAUUACACCGACGAGUACUGGGAGAGACGAUACACUAUUAGGGAUACUGAUGUACCUCCUCAAUUGGAAGGUGUGAAAGAUAAAGUCCUCUUGGCCGGUAAAUAUUUGAAUGUCGUCCGUGAAUGUGGGGGUGUAGAUGUGAGCAAAGAGGUGAAAGACGUCCCUCGAUCUUUUGAUGACAAUCGGUUUCUGGAAAAUGUCAAUAGUGCCUACGCGCAUGCCAAUGAGUCUUUACUCAAUUUGCUUCUAACUGCUCAUUCCUUACCUGCACGCUUAAGGUCCUUAAAGCACUAUUUCUUUUUGGAUCGCUCGGACUUCUUCUCUUAUUUCCUCGAGCUCGGUAAUUCUGAGUUACGAAAACCCCUUAAAGCUGUUAAUACUAGUAAGCUUCAGUCAUUACUGGAUCUUGUUCUUCGACAACCUGGAAGUGUCGCUGCCCAGGAUCCCUUCAAGGAAGACAUCAAAGUUGAGAUGAAUGAUAUCAGCUUAACAAAUAUGUUGACCAGAGUAGUCAACAUAUCGGGUAUUGAACAGGGCGAAUCACUACAAACUCCUGCUCAACCAGUCACUGAGAACGAUAAGGCGGCUGUAGGGUUUACUUCUCUUCAACUCGAUUAUUCUGUCCCAUUUCCAGUAUCUCUUGUCAUCAGUAGGAAGACAGUCUGGAGAUAUCAAGCGCUCUUUCGAUACUUGUUGUCUUUGCGUUAUCUCGAGCAACAACUUGUCACCUGUUGGCAAACCCACAACCGGGCCGCUACUUGGUCUCACAAAAGCUCAAAUCGAAACCUUGAAUUGUGGAAGCGAAGAGUGUUUACGUUGCGAGCACGAAUGCUGGUGUUUGUGCAGCAACUUCUCUACUUUUGUACAUCUGAAGUUAUUGAACCAAACUGGCAGGGUUUGAUGGCUAGACUCAAUGCAAAAGAAGAUGACAAACUAGGGAAAACACCGGCCGUCAGAACAGUCGAUGAACUCAUGCAAGAUCAUGUCGACUUCCUUGAUACUUGUAUGAAGGAGUGUAUGCUUACGAAUAGUAGACUUUUGAGGAUCCACUCUAAACUUAUGUCAACCUGCACCAUGUUCGCAACAUUCACUUCAUGGCUCUCAAGAGAAUUGGAGAAGAUCGACACGGAUUUACUGGGUACAGAAAGACCUAGUACCAUGAACUCACAGCAAUGGGCUCGCUACCAGCGUGAUCGGGGUACUAGAAAUGGAGAACCUAACAACGGGAAUCCAUCUUUUGAAGGAGGUUUUGAUGAAGCUCGACUCGAAAAGAUGUAUGAGAUCAUCAGAAAGUAUGAGUUCAACUUUAGCAAGCAUUUGCAAAUUUUGUUAGAUGCUCUUAACCAUUAUGCUGCCACGGAAACUGUGGUGUUACUGGGAUUAUGUGCAAGAUUGAGCACUGCCAAUCAAGGCACUCAAUUUAAUGGCCUGCGAACUGAUGAAGAUGGCGCGGGACAACAAUAG